AGAUUUAACUCUAGUCAGCUUAAAUCUUGCAAGGGGGGAUGUAGAGCAGUUAAUCUUGUCAAAAGCUCAGCCUGGUCAGGAUCCCAAAGGAGGACAAAACGACUGACGAAGUGGUUUUCUUUUUCACAAACAACUUCGCGCCUUCUAGCUUGGCAGCCGAGACGCAGUUUCCCCGCCAGAAGGGUGUUUUUUUACGCGAUGGCGAAUCUGUGGCUCAACGUCCUUAUGAUUGCGUCACUUUUCACAACCCUUCGCGCAACAAAGAUAAAGGAGGUGAUCAGCAGAAUGCCUGACGAUGUUGAUGACGAAGAUGAAACAAGGACAGCAGAUGUAGAGGUGCAGGAAUUGCAAGAGCAGCAACGACGAGACAUUCCUUUUUGGAACGACUCUCGUCUGUGCAACUACCACGAAUGCUUCAAGACCUUAAAGACCUGGCCAGAAGUCCCCUACUACCUACUGAACGACGGGAAUUUUGCCGUGGACUGGCCGACCCGUUACGUCAGAAUGCUCUUCAUCUACAACAAGAAUGCUUUUGACAAAGUGUUCCUCGGUGAUCGAGCUGCAAUUGAGAACCACGCAAUGGAGGCAGUCGCAAUUCUCGAUAAGGCCUACAGGACGAUCAACUUUCGCGUGCUCCUGAGUGGAGUUGAGAUUCUGGACAAAUAUUGGCCAGGAGAAGAAGAGAACCCUCAUUACUAUGACUAUCUCAAGCCAAACGUCAGCGAGUACAUCUGGAAUGACCUGCGACCUGUCCACAAAUUCGAUACAGCAACAUUCAUCACUGGCCCUCCCUAUUUCCACGGAACCAAAGCCACCGGUGCAGGAAUGGGAGACCUUUGUCAGAUGGAGAGUGUGGACAACUUCCCCUUCAUCAUUAGUGGGUCAACCGCCAUAACAACCGGCAGACCCGCAGACUACAUCGAUGUGCUGACCCAUGAGAUGGGACAUCAGUUCUUCGUCGGACAUCCAUAUGACCCCCUGGAUGAUGGCGACUCGCCGUGCCCUACCAAGAAGCUGUUUGGAUCUGCAUGCACAAUGGGUGGGAAUGAGUACCCGAAGUCGUUUGGCCAAGCGUUCUUUGAUGGCAUCAGGGAAAACAACUUUGCCUGCUUGGAGAAGAAACCGCCACAAGAGGAGGUGUACAAAUGUGGAAACGGGAUUCUUGACCACGGGGAGGAAUGUGACUGUGGUUCGGACCAGAACUGCCUGAAGAGUGAUCCAUGUUGUGACGGCCAGAUAUGUAAACUGAAACACGGUGCGGAGUGCUCUGAUGGCCAGACCUGCUGCAAGAACUGCAAGGUUGACUUGCAAAGCUGUCCCGUCAAUCCAACCAUUACGGACAAACGUGUGUGGGCUCCAUUUUGCCAUGCCUCGGCAGACUAUACGGAGAUCACCGCACCUGCCUCAGGCACCAUAGAGCCGUUUCCCUUCGGACAGGUGACACCCCAGAAUAUCAAGAUACCAGGGAAGAUGACUCCUCCCAACACCGUGUUCAGUUGGCUCCUUCACGCUCCAGUGGGCCACACGAUCAAGGUCCACUUGAUAAUACCUCAGAUGAAGUCGGAGUAUUUCGACGUUUGGAUCGGAUGUCCGUACGACUGGCUGGAAGUACGGGACGGAGGGGAGGUGACGUCACCGCUGUUGGGCCGCUACUGUACACCGUUACGGGAUCCUGUCAUCACGUCCUCCACUAAUAAGAUGAUACUAAGGUUCCGCAGUGAUUCAUCAUUUGAUAGCCACUUUGUGGUGAAAUACGAAUUUCUUUCGCAAGUUGAUACAGAAACAGCCACCACCUGCGAGAGGGACACCCUACAUCUGUCUUGCUCGGACGGAAAGACGCUCUUCAUUGUGGAGGCGACCUACGGACGGACGUCCAUCUCCCACUCCUGUCCCUGCUCCACAUGUAGAGAUGACUGCCGCGCAGACACCAGCCUGGCCGAGGUGAGGGCCGCCUGCCAGGGCAGUCAGCAGUGCACAGUGGCAGCGAGCAACGACGUCUUCGGUGAUCCCUGUCACGGGGUGCAGAAGUACUUGGAGGUAUCAUACCGCUGUGUCACAGAUGAGACGUGCCAAGAGGGCAGCGGCGCUUCCUAUCGAGGCGAGUGGUUCACGACCGUAUCGGGGAGGCGUUGUCAGCGCUGGGACAGCCAAACGCCUCACGAGCACACACGGACACCAUCCAACUACCCCUCGGCCGGGCUGGAGGAAAACUACUGCCGCAACCCUGACGGAGAAGACGCGGUCUGGUGCUAUACAUCGGAUCCUGAUCAACGCUGGGACUGGUGCCCUGUACCGAAGUGUGGCGGCGAGUUGGAGAAGGUCGGUCAAGAAGUUCAAAACAUGGAUGCGAGAGAGUGUUACACUGGCAGUGGAGGGUCAUAUCGGGGAAAAACCAAUCUGACAUGGUCAGGUCUGACAUGUCAGGAGUGGUCAUCACAGACCCCCCACGUACACACGUACACAGCUGACAACUACCCCGACGCUAACCUCACCAACAACUACUGCAGAAACCCCAACAGUGGUACCGACAUUCGCCCGUGGUGUUACACGACUUCGGCUGAGGAAAGGUGGAACUACUGCGCGAUACCCAAGUGUCCCCCUACCGUCAGGGCAUCAGGGCUGCAUCGUGUGAGGGCUGCAUCAUGCGCAGAAGUGAAGUCCCACCACCUGGCCGACACGGAUGGGGAGUACACAUUCUACCCUUUUUCAACGUGCACAGAUGUAUCCAUCCGCGUCUAUUGCCACAACAUGGCGUCCGGAACCCCACAAGAGUUCCUGUCCCUACCGUCUGGUCCGGAGAGUAACUACGCCAUGAUCUUUGCCGAUCGUUUGACGGACGCCUUUGGAGGAGAAUGCGACGGCCCGUUACAGAAUCCAUAUUCUAGUCGUGCCGGUACCACAACGUUCAGUAAGGUUAGAAUCAAAUUUGAAAACUCAAGGAUCAAGGUUAUCCGGGAUGACUACACCUUUGCCCGAACCAUUGGUGACAACAAUGUAUCUUAUGCGGAGGCCGGUGACUGUUACUCCUGGAAACAGGGAUGUGCCAAGGGAACGUUUCAGGUGAACCUGACGGGAACUGAGCUAGAGCUGGCACCUGGCGUCCACUGGGUCAUGGAGGAGCGACAUCCGGACUAUAUCGCCAUCAAUGACAUGUUCAUCUCUGAGGACCGAAAGGUUGCCACAGCGCGAUGUGGAGGCUGGUGCGGACACUGCUGGCCUGAGGACAAGAACCUCCUGCUCUCACAUCCGCAGUGCGAACGUCAGACAGACAGCGCAACGGGGGAAACCUGUCAGGAAGGGAAGGGCACGUCGUACCGAGGGAGGAAGAGCACGACCAAAUCGGGCCGGCACUGUCAGCGGUGGGAUAGUCAGAGUCCGCACGAGCACAGUAAGGGGCCAGAGAAUUACCCUUCAUCGGGGCUGGAAAGCAACUACUGCCGUAAUCCCCUCGACUCUCAUGGCGUCUGGUGCUACACAACAGACGCUGAAAAACGCUGGGAGUACUGCGAUGUGCCACAAUGUGAAAUCUCGUCUAUAGCUUUAAGGUGUCCGCACCAGGAUCCACCAAUGAACGGUGCCCUGUCAUGUGACGCGUGGCUCUAUGGCCAGUUCUGCACCGUGCAGUGCGAGGAGCCGUAUGACUUCUCGGCGGAACCAGCUCGCCUGUACGUCUGCGGUGCCAAUUCGGAGUGGCGAACAGACCCGCCUGGCAUGGCAACCAAAUGGCCGGAUUGUACAGUCACUGUGGCCGAUGUCCAGAAAGGCAGCGAGUACCAGUACUAUGAAGGCCAUUGCGAGAAUGAGGAGUCCAGACAGACUGUCAAACAAAACUUCAUCGACCAUUUCGGCAACACGGCCUUCGGAAAGUAUGGCGGAUGCACAGGAAAUGACAACUGCACUGCAGCCAACGUGCAAGUAUUCUGUGGCCAGUUGGUGGCAGAAGAAGGUGGCCCGUGAUUUGAAACCUCCUCUGCCGUGGGCGAUGGAGUGAUUAGCGGUGACAGCAAAGUCCAUUCAUGAACCAAUCUUACUAUUUGUAGACAAUAUAUCGUUAUACCCAACA